AAAAAUUCAAAUCAAAUCAAACACAUCACAUACACAUAAAACAUUCAUGUGGCUCCAUCAAUGCCAAGUGGGCUUCAUGGCCCAUUCCGAACGUUCUUCUCUUCUCACCAACUCCAGCUCCAAAACGUGACAAACAAGAUUCUCCAAAUAAAAAAUUUAUUACUACUCCAAAAGGAAUCAAUCCUCAAACGUUCGAAUUUCAAAUUUGUGUUUCUACUUUCUAGCACUAUAAACUUGACCCAAAAAUUAGUCCUUUACUAUUACAAAGUCUUUUACCUAGUCUUCAAUUUGGUCAAUCAUUCAAAGAACCCAAAACCAAUGAACCUUCCUCGUCUUUCUUAACUUUUUUAUUUUUCAUAUAAAAUCUCAACACCUCAAAAAACAAAACCACAUAGUUUUCUUCGAAGAUAUGCAAGACACCAACCUUAACCAUCAAACUAAAGAAAGUUUGCAACUUCCUCCAAAGAUGGCUGUUUCCGGACAAAACAAGAACGAGGGCUACUUGUCCAUGUCUCAACGGUUCAGACCGGGUUGCACGUGUUCGAACCGACCCGGUUCGGUUCGUUGUGCGCGUCAUGGGUAUGUUGUACCAGGGGAAAAGUUUAAGAAGCGCGUUGCGAGCAAAGAGAUUUUGAGAAGAGCUUUAAUGCCACCGCCGAAACGUUUAGCACUUAGAUGGUUGAAUUUCAAACCAACACCAAGUAGACUCUCUAUCAUGUCUUUGGCUUCAUGAUUUUUCUCUCUCCUAAUUCAUGUUUUUUUUUUGUUUGGAUGAUUGUACAAUUAGGUUAACGAUCCAGUUAGAUUAGAUGAUGAUGAUGAUGUAUGUAUAUUUAAUUUUUAUAAAGUUUUGAUUUUUACAAUUGGGUAACCUAGUUUUGGUUCUUAGUCUAUGCGUUCAAUUUCUGGGUAGCUCUGAAUGAAGAUUUGAAUUUGAUUCA